AUGGCACGGGAGAAUCGAGGACAGAGAUCUAAACGCUGUUGUAAAUUGGAGAACAUAGACAAAAGGACCAAAGCUGUAGCCAUCUGUGAAUCACCGCAGACAAAGGUUUCUCUGGAAGUAUCCCAGCAAGUCCAACCAGAACUGGGGAUUCCUUGGCUAUCUGUGUAUCUUCCUGUAAAAAGUUGCCAUGUUAUUUUGAAAGGCAAAACUGGGACUUUUUCUCCUCCAGCAUUAAACGGAGCUGAAACCAAUAACUGGUGCAACUGGACCAUAUGGGCUGGUCCUCACAAGCAUAUCCUGAUUUACAUAGAAGGAUUUGAAGGAAAGUCAAACUGUAAUGACAAUCAGGAUAGGAUCUUAUUCCAAGGAGUUUUGUCAAGGGUUGAAAACAAAGUAGUUUAUGCCUGCAGAAACCAUGGUACUCUGAUUUUUGCUACUCAAGCAAUAGCCAUCUAUGUAGUAUUUUUGUCAGAAGUUUCUUCUCAGAACCAAAGUCACAAGCACUUUAAAGGACGGUACUAUGUAUUUGAAGAUUAUGUAAAUUCUACAAGUGUUGAAAAAUCAGUUUUGAAAUCUAACAGGAGUUUUGGAUCUAAGUCAUAUGUAUUGCAUACAGGACAUAGUUUGAACUCUACAGCGACUACCCCAACGCUUGGCAAAGAGAAUUGGCUGUCUGUGACAAGUGAAAAGACUAUUAACACAGGGACAGAAACAUUUUUAAAACCAGCUGUUGGCAAGCAUAUGCGUGUUUCUCUCUUGAAGUCAACAAAAACAGUUCGCUUUAAUCCAUUUGUUUUGAAGAGAAGGCAAGUUACACAACCAUCUGUGGACAAUGGUAGGACUUUGAAGAAAAGUCCUACACUAGUAUCAGAAUCAAAUGAUGCGGAGAAUGAAGAAGCUUUUAUACACAACCCAGAUGUUUAUUCAACCUUUCCACACACGACUCAUAAUCCUCAAAGAAUGACAACAUUGGAAACAGCAAAAAACCAUGGAGCUAUCUCUGAAUUUGUCAGUCCUCGGAAUGAUGUCUCUACAACCACACGAUGGAUGACAACACAUGUGAGAAGUCCUGAAGGGGAAAUCAUGAAUGCUAUUACUUUUCCUCACGUCUCCUUGGAAGAACAGAGAGUUCCAGUCCAAUCUCUUAAAAGUAUCCCACCAAAGAUGCAGAAAGAAAUGCUUCAAAUGCCGCUUCCUAAUUCUGAGUUCUCCAAGAAAAAGGCCGAUCUAACGGAACCUCCACAACACUUGGAACAGACCAAAAUAUAUAAAGGAGAGCAGAUGGACAAUCCAGCGUAUACAGCGGAGAACGGCAACACUCCUGUGCAAAUAAUUGCAUCUGAAGGAAUUAAGGCAAGUCCCUCCAAGUCUACUAUGGAAACCAAAUUCCAUCAUACUCUGACUUUAGCCUCUACUGAUAUGGACCCUACUCCUUCUUUGAAGUCAUUUAAUGAUUACUUGAUGAGUACUUCCACAACUGUGAACCCCAAAGUUAUGCCUUCAAAUUGGCUGAUGAGAACUCAGAUGAACACAGCUUUUACUAUACAAUACAAGAAGUCAAUAAACAGGAAUAGAGAGCAUUUGCAAAAGAAGCAGACCAAAACAACUCUUUUGUCUUCCCCUUCUAGUUGGUUGCCAACCAGCAGCAUUCUCUUGAAAGUAAAAAAUAAAUCCCAUGAGACAAAUCCCGGAUUCAAGUCUCAUGAAAACUAUUUUGUAUUGAACUCUCAACACAAUCCUGGAGAUCUUCUAUUUGAAAUAGUUUUUGAAAUAGAACAGAAAGGACAAUUCCCACCUGUUGGAAGCACUCUGGAAAAAGCUUUCAUUGAUUCCAUUAAGCACCAGGUACAAGAAAGAAUGAAACUCUUCUCCAACCAAAUCAAAGAAUUCAAAUUAAAGGAAAUUAUGAGAAAAGAAGAAACUGAAAUGGACAGAGACAAUGGCCCAAACCUGAUAUUCACAUUCUGGGUGCAUUUAACCUCAGAAGAAAAGAACAUAUCUCACUUACUGGAAGAUCUUAAUGGUGCAUUUGUGGCAGCUGGUAAGGUCCAAACUGUACUGGUGAAAGAUGUGAAUGAAUGCAACUCUGAAAUUGCUUUAUGUGGCAACGACGCCACUUGUCUCAACGAAUAUGGAACCUACUCCUGCCGGUGUAAAGAAGAGUACGAGGAUCGUUCUCUGACAAAAUCGGGUACUCUGUGUGUUCGCAAUCCACGAUCAGGUUUAGAGUCCUUCUACAGCUAUACUGAGUUUAUUGUUGGGAUCACUGUUUUUUGCAUCACUGUGCUCAUUGUAGUGCUCACUGUGUUGUGUACCUUCAUAAAGAAAAGGUGCAUUAAAAGAGAGAUGCAGUUCCGAGAAGCUGCUUCGCCUGGGAUGCCAGCAGAACCCCAGCUGCAAGCAACAACCUUUGAUCAUAAUAACAUCCGUCAACUCCUGGCUCUGGACCCUGCCCAGCUAAAGGUCAGAGUCAAACCACCAGAACUGCCCCUGCAAUUGAGGACUGGCCCCAGUGAAACAUACAGAGUAUCCAUUGAGCAGUCUGAACGUUUGUGAAGAAGAAAAAGAAAGAACAUACAACAUAAAUUGCAAUUAAACCCCUCCUUCCUUCCUAUUUCAUGUUAAACUUUUCUUUGUUGUGGCUGAGCAAAUGCAACUUUUUGUUUCUGGAUGGAUCUUGCAUAAAUUGUUACACCUUUAUCUAUUUCCUCCUAAGUUUAAUGGAAAUAUAAUGCUGCAAAAAAAUUAUCUUUAGGUUUUUGAAUAUUGAAUUGUUCUGCCUGUCUUCAUGACAGAUAGAAAUGGAUGUAACUACUGUGCGAUUGUUAAUAAAAUUGGCAUC